AUGGCCCAGGUCAGCGGUAAGCGCAGAGCCAGAGUCGCCCGAGCUUUGUAUACAGCAUCUUGCCACUCAAAGAUGAUGUUGCAGCAGAAAGAGGUCCAAGUGCUGAAACUGGAGAAGUUCUUAGCAACGCUUGCCAAAGAAGUGGUGGUUUUGUCUCGCCGUGUCGAGAUAGUACAGGCUAACCACCUGUCUCUUGUGGAGGCUCUCAGGGGAGUAGAGCAAAACCUUGCAGCGGAGACAUGGUUGAGGGAUGAAGAGCUUAAGCUUUUGACGAUUCUUGUGCAGAGGUCGAAACAGUGCGAUGCCUUGAAUGAUCAGCUCGCAGAGCAGCGACAUCAAGCUCAGCACCUUGGAAUCGAUGUCUUGACAGCGCGCCAGCGCUGGACAACAGCCCUUCAGAUGAAAGAACAAGCUCAAUCAGAUGCAUUCAGCGCAGAGGAUGCCUUUCAAAAUGAGUUCCUUGAAAGCGCCUCGCCUGAUCAUCCCAGCCUUGACGGUAUUCAUUUUGAGAUCGACAGGUGCCGGCUAUUUCUCAAUCGGAUGAUCCUGUGGACAUUAGCCACUGUUUUUCUCAUCGACGCGGCUUUCAGAAUGUUAGAUUUUGCAUAG